AUCAAGCUGAUAACUUUUUGUGCAACGAGAGUGUUAGAAUUGUUGCUCUUACCGAUCAGUUGGCCCACAAUCUCCGGUCAUGAUGCACCUGCUGCUGUUCCUCCUCAUUCCUAUAUCGCUGGCUUUUAGCGAGAAACUGCCCCUAGAACCGGAAUUCGAUGGCGUUCAGGGCGUCCUCCGGCGUGGGGCCAAUCGUGGAGACAAACUCCAGGUGUUCCAGAGCAUCUGGGGUGCCAUCCGUUCCGACUUCACCGAGGAUACGGACAAAGUUAAAGGGCUGUACGUCCAACUGGGCAACUUCGUCCGCGAUGAGAUGCAGUGCACCAGUGGAUCCACUGGUCGAACGGCUUGCGAAUUGCAGCAGGAGGUGAGGCGUCAUCUGCGCACUCUGAUGGUUCAGCGAUUGGCAAACUUGCUGAACGCCGAGGAGAGUAUUCAGUCGUACAGCAUAUACAUAGCAGCCAGUAUUGAGCCAGCUUUGGUGCGGGAUAUCCUGGUCAGAACCGUCGACGACAUCUACUUCCACCGGCCCCUGGUGCAGUUGGUGCGACAGUUUGAACAGAUCUAUGCGGAUCGCGAUGAAGUCAGCUUCAAGAUGAUGGUCGAGGCGGAGUUGGCGCUGUUCUGGAGAUAUCAAGCCCUCCACGACAGCAACGCAGACUUCCUGUUCAGCAUGGCCCACAUGGCCAGCAAGAUACGCACGCACUACAUGUACGCCAGUGUGACUCCGGACCUGCAGCGGCGGGUGGAAGCGAUGCAAAGUGCGUUGCCAUCAGUUCUGGGCCUGCUCUUCAACCCGCAAGGCUUCUGCCUGGUGAGUCGCUCCGAUCGCGAGUACAUAUACACCGCCAUCACCGACGAAUGGAACUACGGGCUGAACGGCAGGCAGGUCUUUGCUUGGCACGAGAAGAAUUAUACAGACAGCGCCGGUUUGAUUCGCGCCUUUGUCCAGGAUCAGAACUCUGGCAGGCCGGCUUUCACUCUCCGCGGGGAGCUCUUCAAGUGGUACUACUUCGUGGAUCCCACCGAGGACAACCGUGUGGCUGCCCUUCGGUCCGGCAGCCCCAGCUCGUCCACCAGUUCCUGGAGCAUAAGCUACGUGGGCGACGCUCUGAUCUUCCGGCAACGUGAUCUCACCAUGUGCGUCGCCGAAAAAAGGGACUCCGAUCGGCGUUUGGUGAAGAUGCUGCCGGGCCAGAUGCACACACCCCCGUCGGAGCAGUGCCAGUGGAUGCCCAUCGACUGUGCCACGCCAAUGUGAAAGGGAUAGAAACAGUGGGAAUAAUGGCUUUCAAGAUAAUGGAAAAUAAAAGAUACUUCCCAGCACA